AUGGACCAGAGCGAAAUCAAACCCCCCGUGGCCACCACCGCCGCAGGCUACGGCCUACCCUACACCCUCUAUCUCCACUCGUCGGCAUGGCUACUGAGGAACCUCGUUGCUCUAAUGUCAGGCACGGGGGAACUAUUCGACAAGAAUCUCUACGUUGACACGCCCGGCUUAGGCGAGGGACGCGUCAAACUAUCCAUCUGCAUACCAAACGAUUCCGCCCCUGAAGGACCCAAGCCGCUGGUGAUUGUCACGGAAGGUGGGGGGUUUGUUCUCGGACAGCCAAGCGAUGGUGAACAUGUUGUCCGAUCACUCUCAGAUACGCUCGGCGCAGUCAUCAUCUCAAUCGAAUACGCCAAGUCCCCCCGAUACCCCUAUCCCCACGCGCUCCUCCAGCUCCACGCCGUCCUGAAAUGGGCCCUCUCCCCAGCUGGAUCCGAGGCAAUGGGCGUAGCUAUCGAUCCAUCCCGCGUAGCAACCAUGGGCAACUCCGCUGGCGGGAAUCUCGCAACCGCGCUCUCGCUGCUUAUCUCCUUCACGACGGGGCCCUGUGCCCGUUUCCGCGAGGAGCUACCGGAGGGUUUCCAUCUGGCCGCUCAAGUCCUCCUUUAUCCCAGUACGGCUUGCAACAGACCGUACCAAGAGCGGUUUGACGCCUGCGACGCUCGGGUACAGGCUGCAAGUCUGCCGGUCUGGGCAGCCAGCUUGAUGGAGGCGUCGUACCUGCCACCUUCUGUCGAGAAGGGCAGUAUUUUAUCCGCGCCUGUGGAUGCGACGGUCCCGCUGUUGAAGAGCUUGGCAUAUCUGCCACCAGCCCUUGUCAUUACUGCUGGGAUGGACUGUCUGAAGUUGGAGGCGAAAGAGUACGCGGCGAAGUUAAGACAGGCGGGCGUCACGGUAGCUGAACACGAGUAUAAGGAUGCGAUUCAUGGAUUCAGCCACUACAGGGAAGAUUCCAAGCAGUACCGGAAGGAGGACGUCGAGGACUGCUGGAAGCGGGUGAUACAGUUUUUACAGGACAGGUUCCACGUCCGAACAUAA